UAUGUAAACCAGGCUGGCUUGGAACUUACAGAGAUCCACCUACCUCUUCCUCUGGAGUGCGGAGAUCGAAGGUGUAUGCCACCAUACCGGGCUUUUGUAACUUUUGCAGUCUGUAUGUAGGAGACAUGUGUAUCUUGGCAUUUGAGACAUAGAAUUGUAUCAGUUCUGUCUUAAAGCUCAAGCUCUUACUCUUUUUGAGACUGUUUCAUGUUGAUAAGGCUUGCUUUGAACUCACUGUGUAGCUCAGGUUGGCCAGCCUGUUGUUUACCAGUCCUUGUUUAAACUUGGCAUUUAUAUCUCUGAGCAAGCUCUGGCUUAAAAGUCUCCUGACUGGUUGAAAUUCUACUUACUUAGUAAGUGUAUCAGUUGGGAAUUAUGCUAACGAUUUAAUUAACAAACAUGUUUAGCAGGAUGCAUUAUGGAUUAGUUAAAGGUGAGGCAAUUGAAUCUAGUCCCUUUCGUGGAAAAGGCCAUGUGACUCAUGGGCCAAGCCCUCUUUCUGAGUGAGCCCUUCUCACCGAGUCUUGUUUUUUCCUCCCAGAUUUUGGAAGUCCCUUGUCUUCAUAUUGCCGGGAUGGACGUCUUGCUCAACUGAGCCACUCACCCGAUGGAGAUGGAACGACUGCCCUCAUGCUGACUCAGAUCUGAAUCACAGCCCAGGGGAGCCUGGCUGCCUUGUUUGUGCACAGACCAUAUCCUUGACGGAGCUUCCCCCAGCUCUGGCAUAUACACAUCCCUCUGAACUUAGAGCUGCUCUAGUUUUGAAGCCCAGGGCUCCUGGAGGUUUGAGUGGUGUCUCACAAGUGGCCUUAUUCUAACUCCAGAGACUCCUCAGCAGACAGCUGGAUCGUCCUUCCUGUCAGACCCUGAAGUGGAGGCCAGCAUGCCAACUCAAUCCCUCCUCGUGUACAUGGAUGGGCCGGAAGUCAUUAGCAGCUCCCUAGGCACCCAGAUGGAGGUGGAUGACGCUGUGUCCAUCAGAGGGCCGGCUGCAGUCCCCUUCCGAGCUGCACAGGACAAGAGCAUGACCCCAGUGGAAGGGCACAUGGCCCUGGACUGCAUGUUCUGUAGCCAGGCCUUUUCCCAUGCAGAAGACCUCAGUCAGCAUGUGCUCAUGCAGCACCGGCCCACCCUCUGUGAGCCGGCUGUCCUGCGAGUGGAGGCCGAAUACCUGAGUCCCCUCGAUAAAGGCCAGAUACCAACAGAAGUAUCGAAGGAGAAGAGCAGCAAAGAAAACGAGGAGUUGAGCUGCGAUGUGUGUGGGCAGACAUUCCCAAUGGCUUUUGAUGUUGAGAGUCACAUGAAGAAACACAAGGACUCCUUCACCUAUGGGUGCAGCCUAUGUGGGAGAAGAUUCAAGGAGCCGUGGUUCCUGAAGAACCACAUGCGGACACACAAUGGCAAGUCUGGCACCAGGAGCAAGCUGCAGCAGGGUCUGGAGAGCCCUGUCACCAUCAAUGAAGUGGUUCAGGUGCAUGGAUCUGGGAGCAUCUCCACUCCCUAUAAGAUCUGUAUGGUUUGUGGCUUCCUCUUCCCAAAUAAGCAGAGCCUCAUUGAGCACAGCAAGGUUCAUGCCAAAGAAACCGCCCCCAGUGCCAGCAGCACAGCCCCUGAUGACCAGCAAGAGGGACCCACGUCCUCGAAGGAAGAGCUGCUGCAGUUUUUGAACUUGAGACCCAGAUCAACUUCAGAGACUAUAGUGAAGCCCAUGACCUGUAUACCUCAGCUUGACCCAUUCACCACCUACCAGGCAUGGCAGCUGGCUACCAAAGGAAAAGUGGCCGUUGCCCAAGAAGAGGUGAAAGAGUCAGGCCAGGAAGGAAGCACGGACAAUGAUGAUUCAUGUUCAGAGAAAGAGGAACUUGGAGAAAUAUGGAUUGGGGGUAAGUCAGAAGGUUCUGGGAAGUCCAAAACAAAUAGAAGCAGUUGUCCAGGCCUCUCGCAAGACAAAGAGAAGCCUAGACACGCCAACAGUGAAGUGCCUUCUGGGGACGGUGAUCCCAAGUUGCCCAGCAGCAAGGAGAAGCCCACACACUGCUCAGAGUGCAGUAAAGCCUUCAGGACCUACCACCAGCUUGUCCUGCACUCCCGAGUACACAAGAAGGACAGGAGGGCCGAUGCCCCAUCGCCCACCAUGUCUGUGGAUGGAAGGCAGCCUGGGACUUGCUCCCCAGACUUCGCCACCACUCUGGAAGACAGUGGGGCUGUGGACCGAGAAGGGGGCUCUGAAGACUGGUCUGAGGAUGGCCUUCCCGAAGGGCUCCAUUUGGAUAAAAAUGACGAUGGAGGAAAAGCAAAGCCCCUCACGUCCUCGAGAGAGUGUAGUUACUGUGGGAAGUUUUUCCGUUCAAACUAUUACCUCAAUAUUCAUCUCAGAACGCAUACAGGUGAAAAACCGUACAAAUGUGAAUUCUGUGAGUAUGCUGCAGCCCAGAAGACAUCUCUCAGGUACCACUUGGAGAGACACCACAAGGAUAAGCAGCUGGUGGAUGCUGCAGCUGAGUCCAAGAGUGAAGGCCGGAGCCAGGAGCCGCAGGAUGCACUAGUAACGGCCGACAGUGCACAGACCAAAAAUUUAAAGCGAUUUCAUGAUGGUGCCAAAGAUGUUAAGGGCAGCCCACCUGCCAAGCAGCUUAAGGAGACAACUUCUGUGUUUCAGAGUGUUCUGGGCAGUGCUGUCCUCUCACCAGCACACAACGAUACUCAGGAUUUCCAUAAAAAUGCAGCCGAUAGUGGUGAGAAAGUGCGAAAGAGUCCUGCCCCUGCUUAUCUGGACAUGCCCAAAAAGAGAGCAGCAGGUGAACCUCAGGCCAGCAGCCCUGCCUGCAAACUCGAGGGGAUUGGGCCCCUAGCCUGGGAAACUGGCCACAGGGACAAGAUGGAUCGGGAGGCUGACUGCCAGGACAGGCCCUUGAAUCUGUCCCUCGGGGCGCUCCACGCCUGUCCUGCAAUCUCUCUGAGCAGGUGUCUCAUCCCCAGCAUCGCCUGUCCCUUCUGUACUUUCAAGACCUUUUAUCCGGAAGUCCUGAUGAUGCACCAGAGACUGGAGCACAGGUAUAACCCAGACACACACAAGAACUGCAGUAGCAAGUCUGUGCUGAGGAACAGGCGGACGGGAUGCCCUCCUGCCUUGCUGGGCAAGGAUGUACCUCCCCUGGCUGGUUUGCACAAGCCCAAGGCCAAGUCUGCUUUCUCAUCACAAGCCAAGUCCCUGCACCCAGAGAAGAUUCGGCAGGGGAUCUCGGGUCCAAGCAAAGCUCCCCAGACUUCAGGACCAGACAACAGCACUUUAGCCCCAAGUAACCUGAAGUCGCACAGGUCACAGCCCAGUGCCGGGGGUCCUGGCACCACCAGACAGCAACAGUCAGAGCUGUUUCCCAAAGGUGGCAUCUGUGCUGCUACGGAUAAGGUGAAACGACCUGAGCUGAAACUGAAGACGACCCCGUCAGCUGCCCCUUCUCAGUGCCCCCUCAGCAGCAGCAGUGGCAACGGUUCCAGUGAGUACCCUGUGAAAGUUGAUGGCCCAUGGGUACAGCACCCAGGGAGAGACUAUUACUGCCAUCGCAGUGCUGGCAGUGCCACAGCAGAGUUCACGGAGCCACUUCCCAAAAGACUCAAGUCCAGUGUGCUGUCCCCAGACUCAGAGCACCCUGGGCCCAAUGGCAGAAGGGGCUUCGAGUUCCCCAAGUACGUGGUCAGGAGCAUCACCUCCUUGUUACCAGAGUGUGUGUGCCCACCGCCUGUGCUGCCCCCUAAAACCCGUUUCCUGAGCCCCGGGGAGGUGGAGUCGCCUAAUGUGCUGACUGUGCAGAAGGCCUACAGUGCUCCUGGACCGUUGUACACCUGUGGACCUGUGGGACAUACAGGAGCCAGCCCAGCCCUUGAAGGAAAGAGGCCAGUAUCGUACCAGCACCUGUCCAACAGCAUGCUGCAGAAGAGAAGCUAUGAGAAUUUUAUUGGAAAUACACAUUAUCGACCAAAUGACAAAAAGUCUUGAUUCCUGAUUUUGGGGGGGAAAGGUCUCUGGAUGCAAGUACACAUUUCCCUUGGAAUCACUUUGGUUCACCUUUCGAGCACGUGAGAGCUGUUGAACAAGCUGUGACUGGAUUGUACAUAACACCCUACAGGGACAGAGAAGGAACACUACAUUCUAAAGUUCUGUUAACUUCUGUACCAAAUAGCAAUAAAAACUAAUGGGAGCGAUUGGGCUGUGCACAAACGGGGACUGCAAGUCUAUUUUGUCCCUAAAUAUUUUUUUAAAAGAAUUGACCAAAUAUGUUUUUGUAUACUUGAGCGCUGCUGAAAAGAAAUUCUUGGGGGGGGGGGGGGGGGGGGGUGGGUGUUGUAACGCUUGCACCUCAGGUAACUGUAAAUGCCUACGUUGUAAACUCGCUUAAGUACUGUGCGUUUCUUUCCCUCAAGGGGCUCAGUGAUUUGAGCCUUUUCUCCUUCUUUAUGCUUUUUCAUUUAAAACAUGUUUUAAAGCAAAUUCUCACUGACCUGUAUUAUGUCGAGUUCUCCACAGUCUAUUGUUUGUCUUGACAGAAUCGUUGAUGGAAGUAUUGACACUCUGAAGAUGUGCUGUGCAUCUUGAGGUCAGCAGGGCUGAACCUGGCUCCUUUUAGUAUGGCUGUUAGCAGCUAGUGUGUACAGGUUGUCCUGGAACCCCCAGCAUCCUGCCCUGGGGAUGGCGUGUGGUAUUUUUGAGCCAGUGUUCCUACAGAGAAGCUGCCUCUGUAGAGUGGCCAAUGUUGAAGGACAAGCCAGGCUCCGAAGGGAGCGAUCUCACUUCUUCAUUUCUGCUGGAAGAUUCCGUUUCUCGGGGAGUUG